UUAUUUUUGAAUUUCAACGUCAGUGCGUCACGUCAUAAAGUUUUUUUUUUUUUUAUAACUACGCCACUACAUUAACUUUAUUUAACUCCGUAGCCAUUUGGGCUUUCAAAAGGGCCCAAAUAAUUGCAAAAACAAUGGCCCAUAUAAAACGGGAUACCAGAACAGUGAGUAAAUCACGAUGAACGAACGAAUCACUUGCCUUGGUUGCUUCUCCAAGUAAAAACAUAAACCCUCUUUAAAUCCCCUAGCAUCCACACAAAAACAUUGCUAUCUGAGAAUCUGAUCCUUAAAUCGAAACAAUGGGUAUUGACGAAUUUCAUACUGACGGUGGCCGGAGUAAGGGCCGUGGUGAUGCUACUGAGGAGCGAGGUCAAGCAAUCCGCCACCGUCUUCAAGCGUAACGUCAAGCACAUCCGCCACUGGCUCGAAGAAGAAACUUCAUCCGCCUCCAAAAUCGUAAUAUAUAUCAAGAGGAGAACGAGGACAAGAAGGUUAAAUAGAUUUUAUGAAGAAGAGGAAGAUGUCGGAUCUUCCAAGGGAUGUCGAGGAAGAGGUGCUGUGUCGAAUUCCGUUGACAUCUCUGGGACUUGUCCGAUCUACUUGCAGAAGGUGGAACAUGUUGUCCAGAUGUGAUCACUUAUUUGCAAACAAGCACCUCCUUGCUCAUCUAGCAGCAGAAGCACAGAGGAAGGAGCCUCUUGUGGUUACGAUGAUGAAUUAUAGGGUUGAGUUGAUGAGAUUGGAUCUUUCCAACAGCGAAGACAAAGUUGCUGUUGUAAAUCCUGAAGCUAAACUUGCUGGCCUAGAUCAAAUCGAUGUGCGUGAAAUCUUUCAUUGCGACGGUCUAUUGUUAUGCAUUCCCAAAGAAGACCACUAUAGGCUAUUGGUUUGGAAUCCAUAUUUGGGACGGAGGUGGAUCGAGCACACACAUAAUCACGACUUACUGGACAAACGUCUCUCUGGUCGUUUGGACAGGUACUCGUAUGGUCUCGGAUACAACAAUAGUAGUUCCCAGUACAAAAUCCUGAGAUUUAUUGAUUAUCCCCCAAAUUUCGUUGAGUUCAAAAUCUAUGACUUCAACUCUGAUUCAUGGAGGAUUCUUGAUCUCCCUCCUCGUCCAGACAACUGGAAUAUAAAACUUGGUGAACGCGGGCUAUCUUUGAAUGGCAAUACCUACUGGUUUGCAUCAGAAGCUUUGAAUUUUGAUGCCAUUUGUUUCUUAGUCUGUUUUGAUUUCACAACAGAGACAUUCUCCCCGCCUUUGCCUCUCCCCUUUGAGGCUUUCCCUGACGAUACUUUGAUUCUAUCAUCAUCAUCAUCAUCUAGUGUUGGAGGAGAAUAUCCUCCGCAGCAGCUUGUGGUUUUAUUCCAGUCCGCGGAUACAUUGGAGAUGGAGAUCUGGAUUUCCAAUACGAUUGAGCAGCCCAACGCAGCCAUGUCCUGGAACAGCAAGGUUUUCUUAUCGGCCAAUAUCAAACAACUCAUUCACCCCCGUUAUAAUUUUCUUCGGAAAUCUGCGUGUUUCUUCAUUGACCAGGAGAAGAAAGUCGCGGUUGUUUUUGAUAAAGACGCCCGUAGGGGUGCCGCCACUCGUGAUAUGGCUUACAUCUUUGUUGGAGGAGGAGUGGAUGAUGAUGGAUCAUCCUCCUUGAAACAACAAGUUGUUAAAGAAUCUAAAUACCCAUUUUGUUAUUCACGUGCUUGCUAUUAUGUUCCAAGCUUAGUGCAACUCAACUAGUCCGUCCACCUAUUGUUGUUAUCUCUGUUUGUUUCCUAAGAUUGACUAUUAAGUUUUUGUUUUUUUUUCCAUCCUU